GUUUUCCCCGAUGUUUUUACUAAACGUGAGCUGAAUAAUCUGCGCCUGCAUUGCCCGAACACGGGGUGUUCAUGGAUUUGCACUAAUGAAGAGAUGCAGGUGCGUUUGUGGGUGGGCUGAAGGUUGGAGGAAUGAAAACUUAGGUUGGGAGAGAAUUAGAAAGACAGUACAGUGGGGAGGGGAGAGAGGAAGGAGGAAGGAGGUGGGAAGACUGGGGGAAAAGAUAAACUCGUCCCUCCCUUUUCUCUUUCCUUUUCCCCUCCCUCCUUUCCUGCUUUCGCUUGUAUCCAUAGGAAUACGGGCGGAAAAAAUUAGGGGGGAUUGGCAAAAAAUUACCCGACGAUGAUGGAAUUGCCCAGCAUGGGUUGUAGAAGGAAGACAUUUCAAAACGUCAAUCUUAAAACCAUAAAUAAAAAGUAUAGAAUUAUUUAUGAGUAUUUCUAAGAUUUCAUUCUUCAGGAUGCCAAAACUCAUCACUCUACUGCAUUAUUUUUGAAUUUAUAUGAAACAAAGGUUUAGAAAAUUGCCCGAUUUUUAAAUACAGUUUGCCCGACGAAACACCCACUUGGAGGAGGGGGGCUGCAGCCCCUCCAGGCCCCCUGUCUCUUAUGCCCAUGAUUGUAUCUCCUUCAUACCUCAGUUACCAUCAUUCGAGAUUUUAGAUAUAAGAUGGUAGAAUGUGAUUAUAAUUUCCUACUUUUAGAAACACGACGCAGAAUGUGCUUUUCGCUUAAUAAGUUGUAUUCAUACCCAGUGCAAGGAUAAGUUCCUGCGUUCUCAUUUGGGUGAACAUUUGCAAAGCGAAUGUAAAUAUCGGAAUGUGAAGUGUCAGUAUUGCAGAAAAGAUGUUCCAUUUGCAUCGAUUCAGGUAAAUAUUUAACAUUUUGUAUGUGUUUUAAAUUGUUACAAUAAGCUUGUCGUCUAUGAUCGUUUGACGUAAAACUUAAUUAUUUCCGUUCUGUCAGAACUCGUUUUGACCAUAUUAGACAGAUUUAGAUCGAGAACGCGAACGUCAAAGACGACGUGAAAAUGGCGUCAAAAUGGCGUGGCAUAUCCAUACAUGGGCACAACACGCCAUUUUCACGUCGUCUUUGACGUCCGCGUCCUCGAUCUAAAUCUUUCUAUUUAUUGGAUGAGCUCGCCUGAGUACCCCAGUGUACUUGAAAGUUGAAUAAUAAAUGCAGUAAAAACCGGCAUGAAAGAACCACUAUUUUUAUGUCAGGGUGAAGUGGUUUUUAUACAGUCACCCUAAGUACCCAUUGAUACUGGGCAAAUCUUGUCAAGUUGUGUAUUAAGUGGUUCGAAUUUCUAGUCAGAGACAAUUGUUCCUAGUUUAGUGUUUUAAAGUAUUUUCUUAUUUAGUGAGCUUAUGACGCUAUUACACGAAUAGUUGCUGUUGAAAUGCCUCCAAAUUUUAUAAAAUAUUUCUUAUAAAUUAUAAAUUAAGUUUGUACCCGCCUAUACCUGCCCGCAGUACAUGCUUUCUACUUUAAGAACCAGUCUCACUUGUAUGUUGGGUGCCAUGAUUGCCCAAAUUUCAAACUGGUGGUUCUUAACAGUUAACCCAGUGGUUCUUUUAUGUGAGGCUUUUACUGUAAACUCUUUGCUUGUUUGGGCACAUGUUGGAACGGUCUGCGAAGGUGCUCCCGUGAAUUGUAGAUACUGUAAAGCUGAAAUCUUGAGAAAGGACAUUGAACAACACGAACAACUGAUAUGCGACGAGGUUCCAGGGACAUGUGAAUUCAAUGUGGUGGGCUGUCAUCAUGAUGGGGUAAUGUUUUGUUGUGGCCAGUUUUCGAUACCAACACUAAUAUGUAGUUAUCUUGUUAUAAUUUCAACCAAUGGCAACAAAGAAUUAUCAAUCAAUGAUGUCACAACAUUUUUAACCCGGGCUAACAAAAUAUUAUAAGCCAAUGGGUGACACAGGUAAUGUUUUGUUGUGGCCAGUUUUCGAUACCAACACUAAUAUGUAGUUAUCUUGUUAUAAUUUCAACCAAUGGCAACAAAGAAUUAUCAAUCAAUGAUGUCACAACAUUUUUAACCCGGGCUAACAAAAUAUUAUAAGCCAAUGGGUGACACAGUAUUAUCAGCCAAUGGGUAACACUGUAUUAUCAGCCAAUGGGUAACACUGCAGUAUUAUCAGCCAAUGGUAACACAGUAUUAUCAACCAAUGGUAGCAGAGUAUUAUCAACCAAUGGUAACACAGUAUUAUCAACCAAUGGUAGCACAUUAUUAUCAACCAAUGAUAACACAGUAUUAUCAACCAAUGGGUAACACAGUAUUUUUAGCUAAUGGUAACAAAGUAUUAUCAACCAAUGGUAGCAGAGUAUUAUCAACCAAUGGUAACACAGUAUUAUCAACCAAUUAGCACAUUAUUAUCAACCAAUGAUAACACAGUAUUAUCAACCAAUGGGUAACACAGUAUUUUUAGCUAAUGGUAACAAAGUAUUAUCAACCAAUGGUAGCAGAGUAUUAUCAACCAAUGGUAGCACAGUUUUAUCAACCAAUUUUUAGCGGGUAACACAGUAUUAUCAACCAAUGGGUAACCAGUAUUAUCAACCAAUGGUAGCAGAGUAUUAUCAACCAAUGGUAACAUAGUAUUAUCAACCCAUAGUAUUAUCAACCAAUGGUAACACAAUAUUAUCAACCAAUGAGUAACACAGUAUUAUCAGCCAAUGGUAACACAGUAUCACAGUUUAGGUUUCAUUCCUGUAAUAACAAAAUAGAGAGUUUAUAAGCUUCGCGUUUCUACGUCAAGCGACAACGCCGGGCAAAGAAAAUGUUUACGCUUCACGCUGACAAAAGAAAGAAAAUAUGAAGCAAAGAAUUUAAACUAAAAUUCUGCCAAGAAAAAUCGACUUUACCUUUUAUCGUUGUGCUCAAAUGUGAAGCUUGAACUUACUAGUAAGCGACGACCAUAACUGAACCUCAAGGAAGAACAAUUUAGAACUAUCAUGUAUAAAGAACCUAUUCCAACCAACAAUUUUAAGAAAUACAAAACAAAACAUACUCCAAAUUAUAGUAUUUUGUGCGCUCAAAAAACUAAGAAGACACGCCAAUAUAUUAUUAUUAUUAUUAAUAUUUCGAUUUUAUUUCAAAAUCGAACCUACUUUUGCAAAGUGAGCUAAGUGUUUAGCGGCGGAUUUUUGAAUUUGAUGUGUGAGACCUCCGUGAAAAAGUAGUUUGUUAGAUGUUACAGUAUUUGAAGAGUAGAGAAGUUUGACAAUGAGUUUGAAAUGAAAAUCGAAAUAUUAGCGCGUGUCUUCUUUUGUUACAUUCGCUUUUGUUACAUGCGUUUCUUUUGGCGCAGUCAUCAGAGUAAGCGCCUUUCACCUCUGAGUUCGUGGGUUCGAUUCUCGCUACGGACUCAUGUGAAAAGAGUCUGUCAACGCUCUGUUGAAAGUCGUGGGUUUUCUCCGGGUGCUCUGGUUUCCUCCCACGCGAAAGUUGACAGGGUGGGUUAGGAUAAACACAGUGAAGAAAGUAAUAUCACAAUUGUUGUCAGGGGCGAAACUUGAGGGGGUACGCCCCCUCCCCCCUAAAAAAACCCGAAUCAUCCCGAUUGGCAGGGCAAUCAAAGAUUUUAAAUGAUAGAAUGUAAAGUUAUUAAGUAACUUAUUACAGCUAGCAAACAAUAAGCAGUUCGUAUGCAUGUACAUUAGCAUCGGCAGUUCAAUUAUACACGUAGCUUAGUGAUGUAUUGUAUUAGCGCUGGCGCUGCAGGGCAUCAUUGGAGUUUGGCGGGGCAAUUCUGCCAGAGUCCAGAGCUCAAUAUAACGGUCGGCCACCGGCCAUUAGCCGAGCAAAAUGCUGACAUGGCCGUCUACUGAUUGCUCUGCACGGACAUUAUGGCCGACUGUUUUGUCUCAUUAAUUUGAAUAAUUCUUCCUUUAUUGUUGCAAAUCUUUUUAACAAAAUAUGUAAUCUUUAACACACGCAAACAAAGAUUCCGUCUGCUAAACAAUCAUAGAAUCUGACUUCGUCCCGAUCCACAUAAUAACAAUGUCAUCUCGUCAAUUAUUAAAACAACCGCGUCUAUUAAUAUAUAUACUGUUACUGAGUAAGUUUUCGUUGAUAUUGUGUAAUUUUGUUAACCAUUAUGCAUAUGGUUUUGGACUUUUGGUAGUUGUUACGGUUUUGGUUUCUAGUACUGUGACAACUGACAACGUCCCUCUUGAGAAUAAUUAAAUUAAGUGUCCGAUCAUGUCCGACCAAAACAUGGGGUGGCCUGACAAUGAUAGACAAAGUUUUCAGAAUUAUAUUGAACUCUGUGCCAGACACCCCCCCCCCCCCUAAUUAAAAGGGGCUAGUUUCGCCCGUGAUUGUUGUAAAGAUAAAAUAAUCUAGGCUAACUAUGUAAUUAGGUAAGCAUAUAAUACUUGAUGUAAAGCACAUUUGAUCAUACCACAUGUAAAUUUACGCUAUAGAAAUGCUAAUCUGAGCAUGGGAGUAUGUUUUGUUAAACAAAAAUAAAAUCAGCAGUUACUGGUGUUAUAGUUAAAAUUAAAUCCCAGAUAAAAGAUGAGUAGUAUAAGUACUAUUUAAAACACGAGUAGGAGUGUUUUAUCAGAUAUAAAAAGCGAGGCGCAGCCGAGCGUUUUAUGUCUGAUAAAACACGACAACGAGUGUUUUGAAUAGCUUAAAAUACGACUACAAAAGACUACUAAUUAGGAUGAACCAUUAUAUAAUCAUACUAAUUAGGAUGAACAAUUAUAUAAUGCCACAUGCUUUAUCAGAUAUAAAGUCACUCCACGUGACAUAUUAUGGCUGACAUGAUUUGCCACAAGGUUUAUGAAUUAUUAAUGAGUAUUUUAAAUAAAUAAAAUAUUCUGAAAAACAUAGAUGAGCAAAUGCUCAACUGCUUAACUGAUAAACACUCAAUAGACCUUAUGCAUAAUGACGUCAUAAGGCUUGAUGCCCGCGAGGAAUGCUGGUCUUAGUAGUAGUCAUCGCCCGGGAAAAUUAAACAAUUCAAAAUGGCCACUAUCGAAAUUUUUCCCGGUCGAUGACUACUAAGACCAGCAUUCCUCGCGGGCAUCAAGCCUUGUGACGUCAUUAUGCAUAAGGUCUAUUGUCUUUUGUCAAUCGUUAUUUACAAUUCAUUUUUUAUUCAAUUUGUAGAGUUUGAAGCGAAAGGAGUUACGUCAACAUGCAAACGAUGGAUUGAUAAAUCACGUCAGGUUAAUGCUACAGUAUAUUCUCUCCUUUGUUUCUCAGCUGAGUAACUAUAUUCCACGUACGGAAUUCACAGGGAUGAUGCAGAAAGUUGGUAAUGAUAUUACGGAGGUUCGCUCUGGCUUGGCCGAGAAGUUUGUCAUGGUUGUCGGAAAGUUGACCGGCUUGGAAAGACGGAUUGAAGGUUUGGAGUCCAGUGGUGGUGGUGAUGGAAGGAACAGGAAUGAAGUGCAGGAGCUGAAGAGUAAACUUCGAGACCUCACUACUGAAAGCAGCAACUUGCGUGAACGGAAUAUGAGUUUAGAGCGAGAAGUGAGAGAUAAGAUCUCAAUUAUUGAUCGUUUGCGAAGUAGGAUGGAUCAAAUGGACGAGUCUCUUGCUCUGAAUACAGUCAAACUUACCGAUCUGGAGUCUCAAAGAGGUCCGCGUGCACAACAAGUUAUCCACAGUUACAAUGGCACUCUACUCUGGAAGAUUGAAAGCUACCAGAGAAAACGGCAAGAUGCCAUCAAUGGAGUGAAGACGGCCUUGUACAGUCCACCUUUCUAUAGCGCUCAGUAUGGUUACAAGAUGUGUGCUAAAAUAUAUAUGAAUGGGGAUGGCUUUGGAAAAGGGUCGCAUUUGUCAUUGUUUUUUGUUGUGAUGAGAGGUGACUUCGAUGCUCUUCAAACCUGGCCAUUUCAGAAGAAGAUCACGAUGAUGCUCUUGGAUCAAGGCAAUGGAGAUCAUAUGAUUGAUGCGUUUAAUUCAGAUCCUCAGAGUUCCUCGUUUCAACGCCCGAAGUCUGAUAUGAAUAUCGCUUCGGGUUCCCCGCUCUUUAUGCCUCUUGAUAGCUUGAAUAACCGUCAGUACAUCAAGGAUGAUGUUCUCUUUAUUAAGAUCAUCGUCGACUGA